AUGUCUUACUUCGUUUCCGACAAGCGUCUGAAGGCGCAAAUAGAGUCCGCCUCACGCUAUGAGCGGGCCCAGUGCAAGCCAUCGUUUGAUAGCGCCCAGGCUUUCAAAUGGGAGACUGGCGACAUUGCACUCCUUAAAUCUGCCCACCAUUUCGACGACACCGACUACCAUUGCUUGGUCAACUCCGGUUAUAUCCCCAAGACAGCCCUUGGUAACCCUGUCAUCAUUCUCUCCCGCAAGUCAGACGAUGCAACUCAUGCCGUUGUGAUAAGUGUCUCAGCCUACGGCUCGGGCUACUACAAUAACUAUCUUCCUCCUUGGAAACAGACAUGCCAUUCCGGAAAGAGACAGAAUGAUUUCCGAGCCUUUGAUGGCUCAGAAUGCCCUAACGAGCGCUCGACCCUCCACCUCGAGAAUGACGAUCUCCUCCCAAAGCCACAGGCAUCUUGGGUAUAUAUCCAGACCCCAUUUGUUGUUCCCAUCACAACCCUCGGCAAAUUCAACAAAGGCAAUCGCAGGCUCAGAAUGACCGAAGAGAGUCGAAUGGACCUGUGGACUCACAUGAAGCACAAAACCGCGGGCCUUAACAAAAUCCUCAACGAUAGACGCCUCCAGCAAACACUAAGUACUUCAAGGCCAACACAAAAGCGCAAGGCUACUUCCACUGCGAUAUCUUACAAGCUGGACCCAGUCAAAAGGCGAAAAGUCCAACCUGAAUCUCAGACAAGCUCAUCGAUUGCAUUCAAACAAACUACCGGCAACAAAGCUGUCAACACCAACAGCUCUCGGAGUGCCGUCGUCGCCCGGACUCCGGCGCGGCCUGCCCAGGCUGCUUCGGGCAGGCCGCGCCGAAGUAAUUUCCCCCCCACCCAGCGCAACGUGGACAUCACUCCCAGAAGCGAAAACAUACCCAAGUAUGGAUUGCCAUCUUUCACCUGA